AGAUACUUGCUCGAGAUCGAUGCCGAUAAAAUCUGCAAAUCUCCUCAUUGGUGACGAUAAAACCCCUAAUUCGUAUGUCAUCUUCCACACCGUCGGCUAACGGAAAUCAACCCGGAUCUGUCGCCGGCGAUUUUCCACCCGAUCCCCUUCUCGCUUCCGGUUCAUUCCUCUCCUCGACUACCACCGCCGGUGACGUAACCCUAGACAGUAGUGCGAAGCGGCGAGCUGUUCAGGGAGGAAUCGGAGCUACUGGUUCGGGGGAGAGCGUACGAAUCGGUAUGUCGAACGGUACGAAUCCAUCGCCGGAUAGAUCGGCUCAUCAAGCGGAAUCGAAGUCGCGGAAGCGUGCGGCGCCUGGAGACAGCAAUUGGUUGCCUCCUGGUUGGAGAGUUGAAGAUAAGGUUCGAACCUCCGGUGCUACAGCUGGUUCGGUGGAUAAGUACUAUUACGAACCAAUUACAGGCCGUAAGUUUCGGUCCAGGACCGAGGUACUCUACUACUUGGAACAUGGAACCUCUAAAAGAGGAGGCAGCAGCAAGAAAGCUGAGAACACAGAUUCCCAUUCAGACCAUAUUGAAGGCCAAGUAAGCAAUAGAUCCAGCAGGAAAGCUAGACCACCGCCAUUGAAAUUUGAUUUUGAGAAUCCACCAGAGAAGGUAAGCUGGUCUAUGGCAAACGCAGGAGAAGAAGCUUGGAUACCUUUUCUUGGGGACGACAAGGUUCAAGAUUCAGUGAGUCGAGAUUGGUGCACUGCCUUUACCGCUAUCACGACCCAGAACCCAAGUAAACUGUUGUUGUGAGGACGAGGUGGCGACUUUUGGGUUGUUGCAUCUACUGUUAUUAUCUUGGCGAUGUUUGCUUAGUCUUCACCUGAUUUAAGUUAGUUGUACUGUAGCUUUUAUUUUUUGGAGGAAUGUGAUAAUGGGAUAUGUUUGCGUUUGACCCAUUACUGAUUAAAAAAAAACGAAGAUUGUGUGUAGCGACAAAGCUCUUCUUUUUCGGAUACUUGGAGAUGGAAUUUUUUCUCUGUUCCAAAGUCU